AUGACUCAUAUUACCAGCCUGUUGUCCAAGCAUGCCGCAAAGCUGGAGGCCCAGAGAGGCAGAGAUGAGAAGAAGUAUCAGGUCGACAUGGAAAGAGAGAAAGAUAUUAUGCAUGCAGAAUCCAUGACUCGUCUUGCCAGCCUGAACUCUGACCACGCUGCCGAGCUAAAGAAGAUGGCGAAGGAAUACCAGGAAAGAUUGGAUACAGAGAAUAGUAUCAUCUAA